CCCCACAACCCCCUGACCCCAUAUGACCCCAUACACCCUGUCUGACCCCAUACGACCCCCCUCCUCCCCCAGCCGCCUGCUGGCCGCAGACCCGGCCCUUCGAGUUCCGCGCGUGGUGGCGGAGCUGAGCUCCGGCCGGGUGCUGAGCACGGAGCUGGCGCAGGGCCGGCCUUUAUCGCGCUGCCAGGACCUGCCGCAGCUGCAGCGGGACCUGCUCUGCUCGCUGCUGCUCCGCCUGUGCCUGCGGGAGCUCUUCGAGUUCCGCUUCCUGCAGAGCGACGCCAACGCCGCCAACUUCCUCUUCGACCCCCGGCAACAGCGGCUGACGCUGCUGGAUUUCGGGUCGUGCUGCUCCUUUGAGCCCCAGUUCACCGACCACUACAUCGAGGUACGGCGCCCCAUAAGUGCCCCAUAAGUGACCUCGCCCCAUAAGUGCCCUAUAAGCAUCCCCACCCCAACUGCCCCCCACCCCAUCACUGCCCCAUAAGUGCCCCAUCACUGCCCCAUAAGUGACCUCACCCCAUAAGUGCCCUAUAAGUGUCCCCACCCCAUCACUGCCCCAUAAGUGCCCCAUUGCUGCCCCAUAAGCACCUCCCCACUCCAUAACCUCACCCCAUAACUGGCCCCCCAUCACUGCCCCA